AUGGCUUUUAUGGAAGACCAAGAUCAGGAAGAUGCCAUUUUGAGUACCUACCGAAAUAUCAAGUUGUAUCCUGAUACACCAAAAUCUGAAACUUUGGUCGCCAAAGAAAGAAAUCCAUACCCAUAUUUACGUUACAAGAAAUGUGUCUCCUUCAAUACGAUCCCUGUGAAGACUAGUAAGGAUAGCCUGUUAGACGAGUACGAACCAGACUUUCCUGGGGUUCAAUUAUAUGCUCCGGAUAAUUAUACAAUGGAUGAAUAUUAUGAUAAUGAAUCCGGAUAUAUCUCCGAUAAUCCAGACUUCCAUAUUCAUAAUAAAUAUAUCACACAAAAGGGGUUUUCAAAUGUAAAGGAGAUUCUUCCACCACCUACAACAAAUGGUGGUAAGAGAGUGGCACUAAGUAACUUGUUCAAGAUAGCUGAAAAUGGGAAAAUUGUUAGAGAAGAUUACCCAAGUAGACCAACUCUUUCCAACGAAGCUGUGGUAAUUAAUAGAGCCGUAUUGGAUUGGGGGUCUCUUUGGGAAAAGAGGAAGUUACAAAUUGAUAGUAGGUUAGAGAAAAAGGAAGAAGUAUUUCAAUAUAGUAGCACUUUAUUUUCCCAAAAAAAUAAAAAUAAUAAUAUUCCCAAGAAGGAAGAUCCAUACAUGCCCCUUAGUAAGGAACAGAAGAGAAAGGAAAAAGUUCUACGAGAAGCAGUUGGGUUCCCAACUAUUCCAAGAACUAUCCUUUGUCUUCUAAGUGGACGUCGUCAUACAUGGGUAGCCCUGGAUUGGACAAUCAAAUGUCUGGCGCAAGAUACAGAUCAAGUCGUGGUCGUUGCCAAUUUGCCCAAGAUGAUAGAUUUAUCCAAAAGCAAUAAAAGAGGUUCAAGGUCUAGAUCCAGAACAAGGUCUCAGGCCCGGUCAAGAUCUUCCGAAAAACUCUAUUCCACCCUUCCUGAAGAUGAAGAAGAAUGGUCAGCAGGUUACUCAAAGGAUGUAAUAGAGCAAAAGCUUAGAGAUAUAUUCCGGUAUAUCUCUGUAUUGCUUACAAAAAAUCCCAAGUCAAUAAAAAUAACAGUAGAAUUAAUCCUUGGUAAGACCAAGAAAAUACUAUGUGAAGUAAUAAAUGCAUACACACCUGACUUCAUUAUUUCAAGCACAUUGAAAUGGCAAAGAACUGAGAGUCUUGUUCAGUGGAAAUCUAGGAAACUGACAGAUAAGAUAUGUACAAGCUAUCCCGUCCCAGUAUAUGUGGUUCCUGCUAAAAGAAUGUUUGAUUUUGAACGUAAACUAGCCAAACAAUUUGCAAACCCAAUAUCAACUAGUGAAGAAGAAUUAAGUACAAAAAAUAAUUUUAUUCACCCGAAAUUGAUUCAUGCAAACUCAGAGAUGAGUCCAGCAAUUAUAUCUGCCGAACAAAAUUAUUCCUCUGAGGAUAUUUAUUCUCCGAAACUGGCUUGUAUAGUUGACGACAAGGAUUCAGUCAUUGCAGAAGGCAAUGAUGAUAUUGAUGAUGACAAUGCUGACCAAUUAUCCAUUAAUUCUGUAAGUAGUUCGUCUUCAUUACAAACAAAGUUACACAGAACGGCACGUAAACAUCGUCAAAUAAUGGCGAGAAAGAUAGAUGAAAUUACAAAAGACUUAACUCUCGACCAGGCUAAGAAACAACUUUCCAAGUUAGAUAUUGUCAUCGAGUCGUCUUUGCAAUUUUCUUUGGAACUGGACACAAUGCCCGAUUUAGAUAUGGAAACCAGAAAUGCUAAUCUGAAUAAUUUGAAGAGCAUAAUGAAAGGUGUAUCUGGUGGGGCGAAACCAAUGAGGUCAAUGCUAGAUGUCGGUCCUCUACCAAAACUGAAAUUAAAAAAGACUUCAUCACCCAUAUCUACGCAACAUCACAAAUCCAAGAUUCAAUUCUCUGCAAAUAGUAAGAAAAUUGACGAAAAUGGUGCGCUUGGAAACACAAAAGACUAUAGUUUGAAACCAAUAAGGUCUUACAAUGAGCCUUCAUCAGUUUCUACCGAUGGAAGAAGUAUACAUUCAGUAUCCCAUAGUAGUUAUGGUGAGACACUUCGGAAAAUCAGAUCAAACGAAUCAACCAAGAAAUCCUCCAUUAGACAUAGUAAUACUACAUCAAGUAACACUAGUAGCAAUAGCAGUGGUGGGAGUAGAUGGGGGUUGUUCUCUCUUUUUAGAGGCAGUGGUAGUAGUAGCACUCACACUAAAAGUGGUCGUAGCAUGUCGUCCAGCGGGAGUGAAUCAGAAAAUGAUUAUAUUGGGUUCAGACCAGCUCCACCACCAAACACUACCAAGAAGAAAUCAAGUAAAACAGUUCGAGCCAAAUAA